UUGACGCCGACGCGUCUGGGACCCCUUGCACCACUACUAUAAAUGCCAGCGCGACUCGCGUCUGAGUCGAGUCACUCAACCUUUUGUCGUUCUUCGAGAACCAUCGGGAGUCAUUACGACGACACAGUCACUAUAAGUUCUUGAGGUACCACUAACACGCCUAUAACAACUCAGAUAUUUUCAGUAUAGCUAUCCAGAAGAUGGCUUACUGUUCUCGCUGUGACCGCUCUUUCAACUCCCGGCCUGCUUACCACCAGCAUCUCACAGACUCCCCCAAUCACUGGGAAUGCUUUCGUUGUCAACAGGACUUUGACUCUCGGCUAGGACUUAAAGAACAUUACGUUCAGAGCCGCCGCCAUCACUACUGCCAGUAUUGCAACAUCCAUUUCGACGACUCAUCGGAGCUACAGGACCAUUACGAAUAUGAGCACGCUUACUGUGGCUCUUGUGACAAAGUCUUCAAGAACGAAUUAGGCUUGCACGAGCAUAACCGGCAGAGUCACGCCAACGUGUAUUGUGUUCUGUGCAAAAGACUCUUCCAGACUCCAAGCAACCUUCACUCUCAUUUGAAUUCUAGUACACACCGCCCUAAAGACACUAUCUGCCCCUUCAACGGAUGUGGCUUGGGGUUCAUCAACAAGUCUGCACUCAUUCUCCAUCUUGAAUCCGGCUCAUGCCGAUCAGGCGUCAACCGACGCGUCGUUGACAACUGGGUCCGCGCCAAUGAUCGCUCGAACGUGAUUACCAACCCAGCGCGACUCAUCACUGCUGGCGAACGUGCCAACAUUAAGCUUAUCGCUACAGAGCAGUCGUGGAACGGGCAGGCCUAUGAAUGUGUUCUUUGUCACACGCAGUACCGGGCGUUGAUGGACUUGAACCGUCACUUGGAUAGCCCUCGCCACCAGGAGAAGGUCUAUCGGUGCCCUCUCGAUACCUGCCGGAAGCAUUUCGUCUCCCUUAGUGGAUUGUGCCAGCACAUUGAGAGUGAGCGUUGCGGUGUGAUGAAGUUCAGGGCAGUCCGAGACGUCAUGGAUAAUCUCCUCAACGGCGUUGCCCGCAUGACAUUGUAACAUGGUAAGUUCUACAUGACCAUUGAAGGUCUACAGGCUAUAACCGGAUACUUCGUAUCUAGCCCUCGUGUUGUCUGCGUUCCUUCACAUGCCAUAUCCACAUGGUUUCGUCACAGAUAAUCACUUUCUACUCUUCUACUAUACUUUUUUUUUUCAUUUUCAACCGGCAUUACCGCCUCACCUAUUGCAAAUCACUAUCUGCGUACCUUAACAUCCUUUUUGAUAAACCAAUUAUGAUAGUUUUGCCUGGUCUGGCCAAAGCAGGUUUCUUGGUCUCCCUCAGUCGUACAUGGUAGUCAUAUCUUACAUACGUCUUUACUUUCCGCGUUUCAAUUGCGCCGUACUGUGAAUCAAAUCGAAGUUGAUAAGUGGUCUCGUAAUCCCGUCUCUG